AUGUUCGCGUGCUGUUCCAAGCCGCCCGCGGCGGACAAUACACGUAGGGACACGAACGGCGCGAGCUGGCGGGACGACGGCGCCGCACUGAACGACAUCGACCCUGAAGCCGAGGAGGCCGUCCCUGAGCUGCCUAAUGACUACUAUCUCAAGCACAGCUCCCAUGGCGGCGCGGAGGACGGAGAGAACAGGAAGAAGAAGCGGCGCGGCUCGGUGUCGUCCGAGGCCACGGGCACCAACGACGCCGAGAUGAACGCGGGCAAGGGCACGGCGAAGGACGAGCAGACCUUCAAGGACCUCGUCGCGGCGCUGAAAAAAACAUUCCUCUUCCAAGACCUCGACACGGACCAGCUCUCGACCGUCGUGGACUAUCUCAACAUCAAGGACGUCGAGGCCGGGCAGGAGAUCAUCACGCAGGGCGCCCCGGGCGACUUCUUCUACGUGAUCCGCGCCGGGAAGUACGAGGCGGUCAAGGACGGCGUCGUCGUGCACACGUACGCCUCGGAGGGCUUCUUCGGCGAGCUGGCGCUGAUGCACAACGCCCCGCGCGCCGCGACGGUGCGCUGCAUCGAGGCCGGCUCGCUGUGGGCGCUCGAGCGCCGCACGUUCCGCAGCAUCAUCGUCAUCACCAACAAACAGCGCCGCCAGAGGAACAUCCAGAUCCUGCAAGGCAUGGAGGCGUUCGGGGCGCUGUCGCCCGAGCAGCUGCAGAGCGUCGCGGACUGCCUGCAGUUCGAGGUCUUCGAGGACGGCCAGGCCAUCCUGAAAGAGGGGGAGCCGGUGGGCGAGAACUCGAAAUUCUACAUUCUGGAGCGCGGCACGGUGACCACGUACCGCAACAUCGCCGGACAGCGCGAGAUCGUCAAGGAGCAGAGCGCGCCGAGCUACUUUGGCGAGAUGGCCUUCAUGGAGGGGUCGGGGGCGCGCUUCGCCGACUGUGUCGCCAAGGGCCCCGCGCAGGUGCUGGCGCUGGAGCGCAGCGCGUUCGAGCGGCUCAUGGGCCCGCUCAACGAGGUGCUGAAGAAGGAGGUGCAGGGGUACAAGGCCGUGAACGAGAAGCUCGUCGAGAAACGGAUGUCGGCCGUCAUCGGGUCGUCGUAG